CACGAAACAUGGUCGGUCAUCAACGGUGAUGAUCAUGAUCCUCCCCAGCAGCCCAGUAAGUAGUGAAGGUACGUCACCACCACCUUGUUGUUGUUCGUUGAUCGAUCGAGAUCAUCCCGUCCCGCCGCCAUCGCCGCAUCAUCGCAUCGGGGGAGGGAUUGGUUCAGUUAGAGUUUGGCAGUGGACCGGAUUAGACACGGAUUCUGCGGUUCGCGGACUUCGGAUGUAGUAGUUCGGUACGAUCGGGAUCGCGCGCGCUCAAAAAUAGAACUUCCGAGAGGGGAAGCGAAAUACCUUAUUGCAGCAGGUUACACGCGGGUGACACGGGUCGAUCGAUACAGAAAGCAACAGGUUGGAAGUGUGCGUUUGGGUUGACACAGUUAUCGAGGGGGAAGCUUGAAAAUGGGUCAGCUGGAAGAUAUUGUGGAGCAUAUGAGGAGGUUCUCCUGGCCGGAUUAUCUGGUGUUUGUGUCGAUGCUGUUCCUGUGCAUCCUGAUUGGAAUCUACUUUGGAUUCAUGCAGAGGAAACCAAGCACCGAAUCGGAGUACCUGAUGGGCGGGAGGACAAUGUUGGUGUUUCCGAUUGCGCUGUCGUUGAUUGCUAGCUUCAUAUCCGGUAUUACAUUGCUGGGAUUACCGACAGAAGUCUACUCAUUUGGCAUACAGUACGUCUAUGUAUCGCUUGGCGUCAUCACCAUGGGUUUCGUCAUGGGAUUCAUCUACUUGCCCGUGUUCCACAAACUGAACAUCACGUCAACAUAUGAGUAUCUGGAAACUCGUUUCGAUCGACGCUUACGGAUGUUCGGAUCCGUAAUGUUCACCAUCAUGAAUAUUGGUUAUCUUCCGAUCGUUAUAUACGUUCCGGCACUGGCAUUCAACCAAGUGACCGGCGUCAACAUCCAUGUGAUCACUCCUAUUGUUUGUAUCGUCUGUGUGUUCUACACCUGUGUGGGUGGACUGAAGGCUGUUGUCUGGACUGAUGUCGUGCAGACCUUUUCCAUGUUCGGUGCGUUGGUUCUGGUCGCCGUCAAGGGAACCAUUGAUCUAGGAGGCUCGGAUGUUGUGUUCCGAAAUGCGUGGGAUACGGGACGCCUGGAGAGACCCAAUUUCGACAUUAAUCCGACUACCCGGCAUACGCUGUGGUCCCAGUUGAUCGGUGGAUUCGUCUAUUGGUUGCAGACCAAUGCCGUCAGCCAGAACAUGAUUCAGCGCUAUCUGUCGCUGCCGUCGGUCAAAGCAGGCCGGAAAGCUCUCUGGAUCUUCGUGUUCGGCGUGUGCAUUCUGAUGGCGCUGUGCAGCUACAACGGCCUACUGAUCUACGCCACCUAUCGGAACUGUGAUCCGCUUACUACGAAGUUGGCAAAGGCCAAAGAUCAGCUGCUGCCGCUCUUCGUAAUGGACAUCCUAGGAGAGCUUCCGGGUCUACCCGGCCUGUUCAUCGCCGGAGUGUUCAGUGCCGCAUUGAGCUCCCUCUCAACCUGCCUGAACUCGAUGUCGGCCGUCAUUCUGGAAGAUUUCGUAAAGCCGUUCGUCAAGAAACCUCUCUCGCCGAGGGCCGUCAACUGGAUCAUGAGGUCGGUGGUCGUUGGAGUGGGUGCCCUCUGUGCGGCGUUGGUCUUCGUGGUGGAGAAAAUGGGAACGGUUCUGCAGCUGACCAUGAGCCUGGAGGCCAUCACCAAUGGACCGCUGUUGGGAACGUUCACGCUCGGCAUUCUGGUCCCAUGGGUCGAUGCAAAUAGCGCACUGUCGGGUGGUAUUGUCGGAGUCCUGUUCAUGUCCUGGCUGAGUCUGAAGGCACAAUAUGCAGUGGCGACAGGAGCGAUAGUGUUCCCUCACAAGCAGAUGUCCGUCGAAGAAUGCAGCUAUGAGUUCGAUCGUUCGCUGGUGAAUGCCACUGUCAGCAGUUCCGUUACGGCAGAUGAAAUUUUCCCGCUGUUCCGGAUAUCGUACAUGUGGUACACCUUCCUGGGGGCGGUGGUCACCAUCGUGGUAUCGAUCUGUUGUACGUUCAUCUUUGGACGCAAUGAUCCGAAAACGGUCGCGCCUGAUCUGAUGGCCGGAUUCGUUCGACGGUACGUAUACCGGGGCGAAGACGAUGGGAAAAGCAAUUCCGGCAAGAUGGCGCAGAAUCAUCAUGACCACCACCAUGACGAUGGUAACGGAAAGCUGGCGUUGGUGAAGGAGUCCCAACUUUAGGAUGGGAUUGUUGUCCCAUUAUUGUGACCAUAAGGUAUGUGUUCCUAUGUAUACUAACUUUACAUUGAAAUUUGCUUUUCAUGGGAGAAUUUGUUGACACAUUAAAAAAGUUGACGA